ACCAGACAAAAGCUGAAACAGAGCAACACUUGCAUCCAACCGCAUGAUAAAAUUGAAACCUGACAUGUUCAAUUUAGAAUAACCAUUUCAACUACUUUCCAAUUUUCAACAGAUCAAACAAACCCUUAUUGGAACAAGAAUCAGCAGCAAUGCUUAUGGUGGCUGCUCUUCACAUCACUCUCUCACUCUCGCGAACCAAUCAAAGUCCUCUUUCGAAGCAAAAUCCGACAGCAGGAAAUGUUCUCAAUGGGGUCUCUUGCUUUCUUCCCGAAAGCUCCAUUAAAACCCUUAAAACCCCAUAAACCCCUCAAUCUCCAAAUACCCAUUAGCUGUCUGUGUGUCAAAAGUUCAAUGGAAGUGCCAGCUACUGCUUCUGCUACGAAUUUUGAAUUCAAGAAUUUGAUGGAAACAUUCACAGUGGAAGUUCAGAAAGCUGAGAACAGACCACUGAAUGUACCUUUGAUCGCUCCUUUCACUAUAGCCUCUUCUAGGCUUGAUAAGGUGGAGAAUGUGGCCAUCAGGAUCGAGUUGAAAAAUGGAUGUGUUGGUUGGGGUGAGGCUCCGAUUCUGCCUUUGGUUACGGCAGAGGAUCAGCCUACUGCCAUGGCUAAAGCCCAGGAGGCUUGUGAUGUGCUUAAGAGUUCUUCUUCCAUGACUCUUGCGGCAGUACUGGGGCAGAUUGCUGAUGUUUUGCCUGGACAUCAGUUUGCUUCUGUUAGGGCAGGAGUUGAGAUGGCAUUGGUUGAUGCUGUUGCUAAGAGCAUUGGCAUACCUCUGUGGAGACUAUUUGGUGGAGCUUCAAAUACAAUAACCACUGAUAUAACAAUUCCUAUUGUUUCCCCAGCUGAGGCUCAUGUAUUAGCUACAAAGUAUCGCAAACAAGGAUUCAAGACUUUGAAGCUUAAGGUGGGAAAGAACCUGAAAGCUGACAUCGAAGUUUUACAAGCGAUACGUGCGGCCCACCCUGAUUGUUCAUUCAUCUUGGAUGCUAAUGAGGGAUAUAGACCUGAGGAGGCUAUUGAAGUUCUUACAAGAUUACAUGAAAUGGGGGUGACUCCCGAUCUAUUUGAACAGCCAGUUCAUAGAGACGAUUGGGAAGGUCUUGGUCGUGUUAGUCGUUAUGCUAAAAGCAAAUAUGGGGUAUCUGUUGCUGCAGAUGAGAGCUGUCGGACUUUAGCUGAUGUUAAGAAAAUAGUAGAGGGAGAACUUGCAGAUGUUGUAAAUGUUAAGCUUGCCAAAGUUGGAGUCCUUGGUGCUCUCGAAAUUAUUGAGUUGGCAAGGGCAUCAGGACUAUGUCUCAUGAUUGGUGGAAUGGUGGAAACCAGGCUGGCCAUGGGCUUUGCUGGCCAUCUUGCUGCUGGCCUUGGAUGUUUCAAAUUUGUUGAUUUGGAUACUCCUCUUCUCCUGUCAGAAGAUCCCGUUCUUGAAGGAUAUGAAGUUCUCGGUGCUGUUUACAAGUUCACAAACUCUACAGGCCAUGGUGGUUUCCUUUAUUGGGAAAAUAUUGCAUGAAGUCAAAGAUGGCAGCACUCAUUACUGGAAUUAGUGAUUCUGGUUAGGUGGCACCUGUUCAAUUACUGGGAUUUGGUUUGUGGAUAGAUGAAGGCUUGGAAAUGGCAAUGCUUAGGUUGUUAUAUAUAUAUAUAUAUAUUUAUACUCAUAUAUUUACUUGAGUCACUGUUGCCAUUGAUUAAUGUCAUUAAUCUAUGUAUCUGAAGAUCAUACUUUAAAAAAUCCACUAAUUAUCACAUUUUAACUUACGCUUUUGUAGUAGUUGGCUCUCUAAACUAGAUAUUAGCAUCCAAACUUUUUCUUGCUUGCUGUCCUGGAUCAUAUUGCCUAGCUUCUUAGGGUCUAAAGCAAGCCUUGGGGUUUAAAGCAAGGUUGCUUCUGUAUCCUGUACACAGAAUAUCAAUACGUGUACUCAUAGUCCAUCCUCUGUAGUAAAUUGAACUUGAUACCAUUGACAACAUACCCACAUGAAGUUUUCUUGCCAUGAGGCAUGACUUGUUAAUAUUGUUAUUCCCCUUCUACUGUUGCUAACAAU